AUGUUGAAAGGGUAUCAAGCUCUCUGUGGUAGGAGGACCAUCUCGAGCGUUAGUCCAAUUAAGAGAAGUUUUUCUAAGAGGUCUAUAAUAGGAUAUUCUAUUAUAUUAUCAGCCUCAGCCUUUGUCACCUGGACUUAUAAGGAUCUCAUCAAGCAGAAAUACGUUGAGACAUUUACUAAAACUAAAGAGUUGAGUCCGAAUGACUUCACAGAAUAUAAAAUAACACGCAGACAUGAUAUUGAUAAUUGCCAUUAUUUAAUCGAACUAACUCCACUCAAAAGGCAGAACGUGAACUUGUGGAAAGAACUGGAAAGAAAUAUACUCUGGUCGAUUGAAGUUAAGCAGCCAGAAAUAAUGGUAGUCAGAAAUUACACACCAUUGCCGUUACAACUCAAGAGCAAUGGAAAUAUUGUUCCUCUAGACUUAAAUGAUCCAGUAGAAUCUAAAAAGCUAUUGUUCUACAUUAAGAGUUACAAUAACGGUGAAGUAGCUCGCUGGAUAAAGUCAUUGCCUGUGGGGAGCACUCUUGAAUUAAGAGGGCCAUUUAUCGAUUACAAGUUCCGAAACGACUUAUCCAAGCAUCAUAGAGAUGCUAACGGAAGUACCCUUAUAAAUAAAACUCAAUUAUCAAACGUUCCUUUUUUUGCCGGUGGUACAGGUAUUGUUACAGCACUACAACCGAUAUUAAAUCCUUAUGGACAGUUCAACUACAAUAUGACACUAUUUCAUUCUUGCAAGUCCAUCCAGGAAUUAGGAUGCCUCUAUCAUCUUGUUAAUGGACUAGCGCAACAAAAUAAAAUAACUUACCACUUAUUCGAGACAUCUAAAGGCGAUAACAUUAUUGAUUUUAAACAAUUGAUUCCUGGACCUAAUACUUCCAACGCUGGAAAUCUAGAUACAUCCAUAGUUUGCGGCCCAGAAGGGUACAUAACAACUGUGGCUGGCGCAAAAUACGAUACUUCACAAGGCCCGAUAGAAGGACUACUUGGAGAAAAAGGUUGGGAUAACUCAAACGUAUAUAAGAUGGAUUAG